AUGGCGACAUCAGACGCUGAAGACGAGCGUGAGUACAUACUCCUGCGGGACUUUGGCGGCCACGACGCCAAGAAGGAUCCGGACCCGAGCGGGUACUACGCGGCUCUCGGGGUAUCACAGAAUGCGUCACAAACACAAAUUCGACGGGCCUUCCUGCAUCUGAGUCAGAGCUACCACACAGACAAACACAGCGGUGACACAGAGGAUGUACAGCAGUUGAUGAACGAGCGGUUUCAGAAACUCCAGGAGGCGUACACGGUGCUGUCUGACGAGAAGCAACGCGUGGCGUAUGAUAUAAGUGGGGAGCAGGGUGUUAACCGAUUAGCCCUCAUUCCUCAGAAUGUAAACCGACGUGAGGACAUUGCGCACUACUUGAGUACGCUGGAGCGAGAAGCGGAACUGCGUGGAUUGGCAAAGAUGCUUUCGGCGACAUCAAGCAUGACAGUGACGUACUCCAUUGCACACUUCUUCCUCCCCAGGGUGGUCAGCUCCGUUCCUGCACUACCUCAUUCAGAAGAAAAGGCGGACGACACCGGCAUGGGCCCUCCCAAUGAGGCUUCGAAUGAGGAGACUCAGGCUGCAGCGAGCAAUGCUGUGUCAGAGGCAUCGGAGCGGGAGAGCACUGGCGCUGAUGUUGCGACGCCGCAGCUGAAGUCAGAGGUUAUGGUGGCGAAGGAGGUUGAGAUUGACGGACGCCACCAGAUUGUGCUCGUCCCUAAUGAGGGGAUGCAAGCAAAGCUUCGGGAACAGAUCGUGAGGGCGUCGGGGGGCAACAACAACGUUAAUGAUGCUGCUGCUCCUUCUUCUCCUUCUGCCGUUGCCACUUCUGUGGGUCGUCACCUACGAAAAACGCCUGCAGGUCGUGCGCAGCUCUCACUCAUGGAGAAGGCGAUGCUGGCGGCAGUGCCCAGGCGAAUUAACUUUAGGCACUCGUUCCAGCAUGUUGUGACGCCGACGCUUGGGGUGUGGAUUCAGACGACGGCCUCCCAAGAAGGGAACCGAGCGCGGGUAGGCUGUAAGACAAUCAUGGAGUACCAACCUGACGAUAUCAACAUGUACGCCUGCGCGUGCAACGUGUCUGUGAAAUGGCUAAAGAUAUCCUUUAUUCGAAAACGUGUACUCAACGUGAUGUGGACGCUCAAGACAAAGUUGGUUGCCCUUGACGGUGUGAAUCUGUUGAGGAAGUUUGAAUUAUCCCUAGAUCGGCGGCUAUCGUCUAUGUACACGUUGCAAAACUCCUGGGUAAUGUCUCUAAGAGAUCACGGCCUCUUCAAGACCGGUAUCUUUGGAGGCAGUGUGGAUGGCGUGAAGAGGGGUAUAUACACCUUCAUUGGCUACAACAAUCUGGGCGUUCACAUGUACGAUGAGAGACCCAUUGUGUACGGUGAUAGUGACGCGGAGAAGGAGGACGCCGCACAAGGACGCGUGCUCACGACCUUUGGGUUGAUGGGUGCCACGUUGAACCUUCGUUACGGUAUUGAGGCAUGGUACUUUUUCAGCAAGUGGCAGCACUUUGGCAUCGGCUUCUCUACCUUGGCGCCGAUGUCAAGUUACUUUUCAACGUACAACGCCCGCCACCCUGGAUUCAUGACGAUCCAGGAAAUUUCACUGCUCUACGCGCGCGGUGAGCGCCGCAUUAGCAUUCCCAUUGUAGUGUUCGCCUCGCAGAGGCUUCAGAUGGCGCUGAUGUGGGCUGCAGCGCCAUACGUACUGUAUCGUGUUGCACGGAUCGUAUGGCGGCCCUUCCAGCGCGGGCGGAUAGUUGCGCGCUACCGGCAGGAGCGUCUGCGGCACCAGCCAGAGAUGGAUGUGGCGCGGAUGCGGACUGCACAUGAACAGAGGGCGUUGGAGCACAGCGUCAUGCGAAACCGCCUGCGGGAGGAAAGUAUCGCUGGCCUCGUUAUCAUCAACGCGAAGUACGGCGUACUGAACCCCCGCUACCCGGAGGCGCUGCAGCUGCAGCCAAGAAGCGCGGCGGUGAAGGCGCCGUGGUGGCGGCGCUGGUGGGCGAAGAAGUCCGAGCCGACGACAGCACCUUCGGCACAGGCGGAAGGUGCGGCUGCUGAAGGAGCCGGCGAUGUCUCCUCGAUUGUUGUGUUGGACGUGACGGCCGCACUUCAGAAUUUUGUGCAGGACUCGAAGCUGGUUUUGCCAAGGGGGUCUAAGAGCAAACUCGUUGGGUUCACCGACCCCGACCCAUUCACAGCGGAACGGAAAGAGCUAGUAAUUGUGUAUUGGUUCCAGCGGAAGCGGCACACCGUUACAGUGAGCGACGAAGAUGAAGUGGAGCUUCCGCGGCGCGAGCACCUGAUUGAUUGA